AUGAAAAGUCUUAUAAUAAAUAUUUCCUUAAUAUUCUUUUAAAUUGCUUUUCUAUAUGCAAGAGAAAUCAUUUUUAAUCCUUAACCAAUAUCUAGUUUUUCAGUAAGCAGUAUAGAUAAGUUUACUGCAUUUUAUUAAGAAGUUACAGAGGACAAUAAAUGGGCUUUUCUCUCUAGAAUAUAAGGAGGUAUUUGUGUGAUAUCCUUAGAAGAUAUACAGCAACCUACUUUAGUCACAAUAAUAAAAACUAAAGGAGCAUAUGAUAUGAAAAUAAGAUAAAACUAUUUGUUUGUAUCUGAUUUAGAAGAGGGGUUGAUAAUCUUUGAUAUAAAAGACCCUUCUAACCCUUAAAAAAUAUAUACCUUGCCUACUCCUAUGCAAUCUUAUUCCCUUACUGUAACAAAAGAUAUGAAAACGCUAUUUUUGAUUGGGAACGGUAUAGUUUAUUGUUACAACAUUUAAGACAUAAAAAAUCCAGUUUUACUUUCAAAGGCAGGUGUCAGCACUCCUAUUACUAAUAAAAUCAAAUUAGAUGAAACUGAGUCUCUGUUAGCAGUUUCCAAUCAUGUUGCUGGACUCUAAAUAAUUGAUGUGAGAAAUAAAAAUAAUAUUAAACUUAGAGCUUCUUAAAUAACAGCUUCAAAAGUUUUUGAUAGUCUUUUUAUGCCUGGUAAUUCUGUUGUAUAUGCUGUCGAUAGCUAUUUUGGACUUUACGCUUCACCUAUAUAAGGUAUAUUAGAUAUUCCUAUGGAAAAAGAUGAUUUGUUUCCAUUAAAUCUUUAGAUUAUUUAUUAGUCACCACUAUUUAUUAUGAGUAUUGAUAUGACUAAAAUCGGAGAUUACUUCAUACUUGGAUUCAGAAGCGUUGGUCUCAAGCUCUUCAAGAUUGUUGAUCAACAAUAUUUUUCACCAUAAUAUAUAUAAGACAUAGAUGGGGGCUAGAUGUGCUAUAAAUUAAUAUUAUCUUCUAAUGAGAAAUAUCUCUUUGCAUCAAAUGGUCUUUCUCUUGUUAUAUAUUAGUCAGAUUAGCCUCAAAUUAAUAAGGAUUUUCCUAAUUUAUUUAAUAAUUUUCAGUCAAAUGUUGUAGGUGGGUUCAAAGAUCCAUGGCCAUGGGAAAUAUUUUGCUUUAAUGAUAACAAACAUGUAAUUAUUGCAGGUGGAACAGAUUCAACUUUUAUUUUUUCUAUUGAUAAUCCAUAUCAGCCUGAACUCAUUACAAAAAUUCCUUCUAUUGAAGGAGCAGCCUACGAUGGAUUAACUCUAUUAUAUGAUUAAUAGCCUUAAAGCAUCCUAUAUUUAGGACUAAGCUAAUUAGGAUUUUAUGUAUACGAUAUCAGUGACCUGAAAAAUCCUAUUUAAAAAAAGCACAUCAUUCCAAGCAGCGUAAUUAAUGAUUCUGAUGGAGUCCUUGUGAAUAGAGAUAAUAGCAUAUUGAUAAUCGGAAAUGGGAGUAUUGGUAUAUCUGUUUAUAAUAUAAAAGAUGAUAAAUUCAAUCCCAAAUUAGCAGGAGAAUUUAUUAACACAGAUUAAUAUAAAUGUACUUUUGAGAAAUGUGCUGUUAGUAAGCAAAGUGAUUAUAUAUUUUGUGCAUGCAGGGAGCAGGGAGUUGUUAUAUUUAGUUACUAAGACCAAAAAGUUACUCCUGUAUCAAUAAUAUAAAGAGUAGGUACAGAAUAUCCUAUUCUUUCAGCAGAUGAAACUCAUCUAUUCACUUCAGCAGGUUUUUAAGGUUUAGUAAUUGCUGAUAUUUAGGACAAAUUUAAUCCUAAAAUAGUAAGUACUUUGACUGUUGAUGGGCAAGCCUAGACCAUACAUUUUUUACCCUAAUUUGAUUAAAAAUAUAUCUUAGUUUCCUAGAUGGAAAAAGGUUAAUUAACUGUAAUAAAUAUUGAAGAUUACAGUAAUCCAUAUAUAUUUUCUAAAGUCAGUAAUCCUCAUGAAAGCUCAUCAAGCUUUUGUAUUACUCCUGAUAACAACAGUCUUUAUUUUAUUGGUGACAUGGGACUGCGAUAUAUUCCAAUUCAAACUAGCUUAAAAAUCCAUACUCAAAUUAGUGUGUUAACUGUAAAUUCUAGUGGAAAAUCCUUUUACUAAUUGGUAACUAAUGGAUAAAAGCUCAAAGUUGGUUAAAAUGUUUAAAUGGUUUUUGUUCCUUUAGAAGUAAACAGAGACAUUAAAUUUUCUUAAGUGUUUUAUUAUAGAAAUUAUGAAAAUAAAAAUUUGCCAACAUGGAUGAAUUUUUUAAGUAAUUAAAAAACAAUCGAAAUUACGGUUGACAAGGAAGGUGCCUUAAAUACAUUUUCUACUGAAAAAAAUGGUGAAAAUGUUUUAAUUUUAGAAGUUUUUUAGGAAGUUUUAUUUUCUGAUUUUAUCAAUGAAAUAAUUAAUUAAAAAAUGGCCAACGCAAUAAUAUCUACUCUUAGAGUAAAAGGAGUGAUUUCCACCUAUAAUUUCCUAGACACCAACUUUGAUCCAAAUUAGUUUGAUUACUUAGAUUUUUACAACUCAGAUAUAGUAAAAGAUCCAAAUACAGAUAAUAAAAUUUAGGCCUAUGUAAAAUAAAUUCUUACAUUCUCAAAAGUGAGUUACCCCAUAAGAUUUUUCAUAGAAAGCUCUCUUAAAUUCAAUUAUAAAACUUUUAAGUAGGAAAAUAUUGAUUUAUUCUCAACUCCUUCAUACUAAAUAAUUGUUUACUUUAGCAUCAAUUAGAAAGCUAAAUUUAUUAGAAAAACAUUUGAAGGAGUUCUUGCUUCCUUUUCAGAUGACUUAAGCAGUCUUAAAAUUGAAGGUCCCUCUAUUAAAGUUAAUUAAAUUGUUUCUAGUUAAAUUCAAAUAGCUAACUUGACAACCAACUUUGAUGAAAUUAUUUUUCAAGGAAGUGUAUCUGAUUCAUCUAAUUAUGAUAUAAACUUUGAAGAAAGCUUUUCAGUUUUUUAGGAUUUUAUUUACCUUAACAAUCCUGUAACUCUCAAUUAAAGUUCUUUAUUAUAACAAUAAUUUAAUAAAGCAUACUCUAAUGGUGAAGCUAGUGUAGAAUCUAAAUUUUAGUUUACUUUUGACAUAAAUACUUUCAAUGAUUUAGACAAAUAGCAACUCACUUACAAAGCUUAUAUUGUAACUGAUUCAAAUUCACUACCAUAGGAAAUUGUUUAAGUUUCUAAUUUAUGGAUAGAAUUUAACCCACAGACGCUUACAUUCACUGGAUUCAAAUCUAUCAGUUCGUUUUUAAGUACAGAAAGAAUAAAGGUGGUUGCAAGCGAUGGUUUUACUGAAGUUUCUGACUAAUUUACCAUUUAUUUUAAUUAAUUGACUUUUACGUAUACAAUGCAAUUAAUAUUUUAAAUCGUUGGACCAAUUUUUGGGAUUCUAGGCAUUUGGAAAUACAGAUCAAAUAUUUAUUAGCUUUUUAUGUAGUCUUACUACUUAUAUUCAAGCGAUAUAGUUAUUGUAGGUGAAUUGUAUAAGAAGCAAAUAGUUCUUUUUGAUGAUGUGUAAAAUCAUGCAAGGCAGCUAUGGAAAAAUUUGAAUAAAUAAAAUAAAAAUUUAUAAAGUGAAAUAAUUUUCUAAUAUACCUAAUAAAAUUCAAUAAAUAUUCAAACAAUAAUGUAAUAAAUGCAUUAAAUUUUUGAUCAAAAUCAUAAAAUUUAUUCUACAUUGGACCCAAGAGAGUUCGAUUUUGAUGAUAGCAGACUCUCCAGAACAAUAAGAGGAUAUGUACUUAAAAUACUUUUAGAUAAAGACAAGUUUACCACAUAAUUAUUAAAAUUCUUGAAAAAAGAAGGAUCAAAAAAAUACUCUAAGAAUGAUUGGUAUAAAAAUUAUAUCCACAUUAUUCCUUCGUAUGAAGCGAAUUAGUUCAGAAUUAUUAAUAAAAAUGGAGAAAAUACACCUUUAUAAUCAAUUCUAAGGUACAAAAGUGAAAUUAAUAAACUCAGUUUAAAUGAUAAUAUAUAAACACUGAAUAACCCUUAAUAUGAAGAAAAAGAAGCAAAAAAUAAUAUUUACAAAUUAAGAAAUAAUGAGUUAGAUGAAGAUAUCUAAGAAUAUAAAAACUUGAAUCCUUUCCCAUAGAUUAUUAUAAAAAUUGAUUGUUUGAAUGAGGAUAUAAAAAAGUAGAAUCUAAAAUAGUAUGACAAUUAUUUGUUAUAAGAAUUUAUUAUUUCAGAAGCAUUAGGAAUUAAAAAUAAUUUUUUUUAGAUUUCUCCUAAUAAAGGUGAAUCGAUAAUUGUCUAUCCUCACCAAAUUAAUAACAUAACAGCAUAUAAAAAAUACAAUGGCUGUUGCUUAACUCUCAAAAAAAUGUUAAAAGAUGAUUAUAGAAAAAUAGAAUUAACCAUAAACAAUCCUCUUCCUAAAUGGCUUAACUGUGAAAUCAUUGAUGGAAUAAUUCAUAUUUGGGGAAUUCCUAAAGCAAAAGAUGAGCCUGAAAUUCAAAUAAGGAUAAUAAAUGAAUUUUUAUUACCCGUUUAUAGCUUUAAUAUUUUAAUUAAAGAUAAAGAAGGAGGAGACCUUAGAGAUAAAAAAUAUGUUAAAGAUAAAGAUCUGCAAAAAAGAAGAUAAAAAAGUGAAACAUAAUAAAAAGAAAAACAUAUUUCUUGUACUAAUGGUUCUGUGAAUUAAGGCUAGGACAUUUCACCUUAAAAUUAAAAUAAAGACAAUAAAAUUUAAUUCACUAAAAGUAUUUUUUAAAAUAUUUUAAAGUCGAAUUUUAGCACCAAACAUUUAAAUCAAAAAGAUAUUGAAAAGUAAAUUUCUGUUGAUUUUUAAUUUAAUGAUAUUUACAAUAACCAAGACAAGUAAGAAAAUAAAAAUGCAUGUGAUAUCUAAAUAAAUCCAUCUAAUCACUCAAUUUUAUCAAUUAUUCCAGACGAAAAUAUGUUAAGCAAUGAUUUUACUGUCUAAUCUCCUAAAACCUUGAUUAAUCAAAAUUUGGAAUCUAAAGAAUAAUUAUAUACACAAAAUAAAAUAAGAAUUAAUCAACUAUAUUCAAUAGAAGAUCAUAUUUAGAUUCUUUCUUAGAAGAAAAUGUCUCAAAAUAACUAAAGCAAAAUCUCAAGACAGUAAAAUUCUAAUGAAUGA